AUGCACCUGGAGGGGGCUCAGGGACUCGGCAGGCGACGUCGCAACAGGAGGCGACGGGCCAAUCGUAUUGGGGCUGUUGGGGAUGUGGUGGCGGCACAUGCUGGCGACGGCAACGUGGCAGCCGGGCGCGCCGGUGGCGGCAACGGCCGAGGCCCCCGAAGGAGUGGUAACCGCCUGCUUGAUGAGCUCAAGAACAACACGACGGGCCGGAACUUUGAACUACGAGACAUCCUGGGCCACUUUUACGAGUUCAGCCUGGAUCAGGACGGAAGCCGCUUUGUGCAAGAGAAUUUUGAGAGCUUGCGCCCAGAGGAGAUCGACGCGGCCUUCAACGACGUGCUGCCACACCUCCUGCAGCUUAUGACGGACAUGUUUGGUAACUACGUUGUCCAGAAAUUCCUGGAGCAUGGCACUCCGGAGCAUCGGGCCCGCAUCGCCAAUGCCAUACAGGGCAAUGUGCUGUCGUUGAGCUUGCAGCUGUUUGGCUGCCGCACCAUGCAGAAGGCGCUGGAGGUCUUUACGGAGGAUCAGCAAGUCGACAUCGUUUCGGAGCUGAACGGCCACGUCAUGCGCUGUGUGUGCGACCAAAACGGCAGCCACGUCAUCCAAAAAUGCAUCGAGUACGUACCCCCACAUCACAGUGCGGGGCUUCUGGACAACAUCGUCACCUGCGUGGUGCCCUUGUCCACGCAUCUACAUGGCUGCCGCAUCAUUCGCCACAUCCUCAAGUACGUGCGUGACCAGCGUCGUCGCGCGGCGGUCAUGGCCGAUAUUCUUGGCGCCGCCGUACAGCUAGCGCAGGACCAGUACGGAAAUUACGUGAUCCAGCAUGUGCUGGAGAGGGGUACACCAGAGGAGAAGUCUUCCAUUAUCCGCAGCCUGUCGGCUACCGUAGUGCAGUUGUCGAUGCACAAAUUCGCGAGCAACGUGAUCGAGAAGUGCCUAAUCCACGGGAGCACCGCGGAUCGCGACCUGAUCAUCAAUCGCAUGCUGGGCGCGCAGACCCUGCAGAUCCAGCUGGAAACUGGAUACAGUGACCCCGUGCAGGGCAUGAUGAGGAAUCCGUUUGGCAACUACGUGGUACAGAAGGUGCUGGAGGUCUGCACCGACGAGCAGCGCGAGGCCAUGCUGGCUAGAGUACGGAUGCAGCUGCACGAGCUAAAGCACUUCCACUACAGCCGGCACGUCGUAGCGCGUGUGGAGAAUCUGCUUUCGGCAGGUCCUCGCUAA